CGUGUCCUCAUUCACCCCGCAUUCUCCUACAAACCCAGUCACCUUAUCAUCCCCCCUUCCUUCUCUCUAACCCUAGCACUCCUACCUAUAUAUAUCCAUACCCUCUCCUCAUUUCCCCUCUCUCUUUCUCUCUCCUCUCUUAUCUCACUCCAUUUCUUGCCCCUCUCCAAUUUUCCGCAUCCACACUUCCUCAACCCCAAUAAACCAAACCCCAAACAUCCAAUAUUAGGGUUUCAUCAAAGUAAUGUGAUUCAUCAUUCAUUCACCGAACCAAACGACGGUUAUUUUUUUUUUCUUUUUCUUUUUCAAUCUUUUUUUUGAAUCCAAUGGCUGAGAAGAGAUUCGGUGUGAUAGGUUACGCCUUAGCACCAAAGAAACAAAACAGCUUCAUCCGCGACUCACUAUUAACGCUUGCGAAAUCACGCGGAAUCGAACUCGUCCGAGUCGACUCAAACGUUUCCUUAGCAGAUCAAGGACCGUUCGAUUGCGUCCUCCACAAACUCUACGGCGACGAUUGGAAACGUCAACUUCAAGAUUUCAAAACAAAAAACCCUAAUGCGGUAAUUCUUGAUGCGCCCGAAGCAAUCGAGAGGCUACACAACAGAAUUUCAAUGCUUCAGGUUGUUUCGGAGCUUAGGGUCGACGACCGAACCGAGACGUUCGGGAUCCCGAAGCAGAUUGUUAUUUACGACAAAGAAACGCUAUCCGACGGCCAAGCUUCAGAGAGUUUAAAGUUUCCGGUGAUAGCGAAACCGUUAGUUGCCGACGGUAGCGCAAAAUCGCAUAAAAUGGCUUUGGUUUUUAGCCACGGCGCGCUGAAUAAGCUGAAGCCGCCGAUCGUUUUACAGGAAUUCGUUAACCACGGCGGCGUGAUUUUCAAAGUGUAUGUCGUCGGGGAGCACGUUCGAUGCGUGAAGAGGAAGUCUCUCCCUGAUGUUUCUGAGGAAAAAGCGCUCGGCGUUUCGGAGGAUUUGUUGUCGUUUUCGCAGGUUUCGAAUCUGGCUAACCGUGAUAGUGUUGACGACGAAGAUAAGUAUUAUCAGAUGAUGAAUUUUGAUGAUACUACUGAGUUGCCGCCGCAGGCUUUUAUUGUUGAUAUUGCUAGUGGUUUGAGGCGUGCUAUGAAGCUGAAUCUUUUCAAUUUCGAUGUGAUUCGUGAUUCUAGACAUGGGAAUCGGUACCUUAUUAUUGAUAUUAAUUACUUCCCGGGGUAUGCUAAAAUGCCUGGUUAUGAAACCGUUUUGACAGAUUUUUUCUGUGAUUUAAUGAACAAUAAACAGGUAGAUGAAAAUGUGGAAGAAGAGGGUAAUGUGACAAAGAUUGUAACUGGUGAUGGGGGUGAAGAAAAAGAUGAAUCUGUUUAAAAAAUGAUUGUGUUGUUGAAGUUGAACCAUUGUGUUUGUUGGUGGCUUUUGGGUAACCAGAAAUUCUCCAAAUUGGGGUUGAAGAAUUGCAGUUUAGGUAGAAGUUGGGUACAGUGGUGAAAAAACAAGACUUUAGGGUUGUUUUUGUGGGUUAGUUUUUUUUAACUUGUUAACAACAUGUAUAUUCGCUUCCACCAUUGCUUUGGAGAUAGGUACCUUUUUUUCAAACACCCUUAUCAAGGUUUAGGAAAGUUGUAUUUUGAGGAUAAGAUCAGUAUGCUAGAAACUGUUUUGCUUUGUGCUUUAUUCCUUUAUUCUCCAAUUUGUUAAAUUCUAUUCUCAUUUUGCAGAUUUUUUGCUUU